AUGAAGAAGAAUAUUCCAUAUAGAGCGUUACCAAAAACCUUCCAGGAUGCAGUAACAGUUACCCGUGCUUUGGGUGUCCCGUAUCUCUGGAUCGACUCACUUUGCAUCAUUCAAGAGGAUGAAAAAGACUGGGAAACAGAAGCCAUCAGGAUGGAAGAAGUCUUUAGCUUUGCAUAUUGCACCAUCGCUGCGAGCCGCGGUACUUCUUCUCUUAGUGGAUUCCUUGGCAAGCGAAAGCCUAGGGCCUACGCCAAAAUCCAGACAUCAGGCGGGCCGUUAUAUCUUGCCGAAGCUAUUGAUGAUUUCCAUGCAGAUGUUGAGCAGAGCGAAUUGAGCAAACGAGGUUGGGUACUACAGGAGAGGGCACUUUCCUGCCGUACAAUAUAUUUUACGGCAACUCAAAUAUAUUGGGAAUGUGGCCAAGGCAUAUGUUGCGAAACCUUGGUCGCCCUGCGCAAUCCUCAAUCGCAUGUCUUAAGUGACUCCAACUUUCCAAUAUCUAGUCUCAAAUACCACACAAAUGAUCUUAUACGACUUGUUCAACACAUCAAUCAGACUUAUAGCAAACUUCACCUAACAGUGGCGACCGAUCGUUCAAAGGCAAUACUUGGUUUACAAAGUCGACUGGCUCGCGCAUUUGAGUCUAAAGCCUGCUACGAUUAUUCUUUCGAUCAGAAUUGUUGGAAGUGCAUUGUGGUUGGAAAGGAUAAGGUUGUGAAUGAGGAUGGAGAGAUUGUUCAUUAUGUCUUGCUGGUCCGUUCAGUGUCGUUCGCUCCUCAGACUUACGAGAGAGUCGGUGUUGGGGCUCUUUUGGAAGGUCAUAUCUCACCAGCCACUGAGAGUAUUUCUGUUAUCUAG